AUGUAUCAGAAUCCUGAUAAGGAAUACGACGAGUUGGAAGACGACUUUGAUUCCGAGACCGAGGGCGCUGCCAGUGAUGCUUUCAAGAUCAUCAACUGUUUAGCAAAGCCCUCCGCAAUGAUCUACAAAGUUCAGGAUCUACACUCCCUUAUACAUCAAGGUCACAUUGAUCUCAACCCUGCAUAUCAAAGAGAUGUUGUGUGGUCCAAAACCAAACAAAUUGGUCUUAUUGACUCGAUUUUCCGAAACUUCUACGUACCUCCGGUCAUCUUUGCCGUACAGCGUGAUGAUGAAGGAGAGGAAGUCCGAAUCUGUAUUGAUGGGAAGCAGAGAUUGACAUCCAUACAUAAGUUCAUUGAUGGUCUGGUAAAUCGGGAUUCUCAAAGAAAGAAAAGCUUCUGGUAUACACGCUCAGAUAACCAGAAGGCUACAAGACCUGAGAUUCCUGACUUUUGGAAGGAGAAAUUUGCAAACACUCCAAUCGUAUGCGUUGAAUACUACAAUGUCGCCUCAGGAACUGAACGGGAGAUUUUUCAGCGUGUCCAGCUGGGAAUGAGUUUAACUGCCGCAGAGAAGCUCCAGGCAAUAUCGUCACCAUGGGUCGAAUGGAUAUCAGAUCUGGAAGCAAGACAUGUAAGAGGGGGGCCUAAUGGUCGUGGACUCUCAGAGGUGCUGGCCUGGGACACGAAACGUGGACGCGAAUUCCAAUGCUUAGCGCAACUCGUAUAUUGUUGCAACGGACUGCCUGAACGGUUUCUACCUACGGUUCAGAAGCUCGAGCGUUGGCUUUCCCGCGUAGACAAGCCGUUACCAACGUUUAAGCAGCAAAUGGACGAGGUCCUCACCGAGUUCGGGCUCCUCGCUACAUCUCCAAAUUUCCAGCAGGCCUUCACUCAGGUGGAUAAACAAAUCGCACCUGUCGAGUUCAUAUAUAUAGGUGUUCUCCUGCAUGUUCUUCGUCAUGAGAGCCAAGAAGCUCACGUGAAGGCUAUCCUCAGCAUGCGGUUGCACAUUCGCAAACAGGUCCAUUGCAUCCGUAACAACACCGCCGUCGGCAAAGCUCUAUGGGCAUUUAUCGACAGUGUGACGGUCCCAUUGGGGCUGAAAGUUUUAGAUCAUGAAAACGGCCACCCCAUGGAAAUUGAACCUACAUCCUCGGCGAACCCUCAGAGGGAUCAUGAGGAUAGGGAUGAAUAUCGACAUCACCCAUCAAGAGUCUAG